GGCGGCGGCCGCAAGCUGCCGACGUGCGCCGAGCACGACCUGGAGAACUACAGCAUGUACUGCGUGAGCUGCCGCAGCCCCGUCUGCUACCAGUGCCUGGAGGAGGGCAAGCACGGCAAGCACGACGUGAAGGCCCUGGGCGCCAUGUGGAAGCAGCACAAGGCACAGCUGUCUCAGGCUUUAAAUGGUGUUUCAGAUAAAGCAAAGGAAGCUAAAGAAUUUCUGGUUCAGCUGAAAAAUUUAUUGCAGCAGAUCCAGGAGAACGGGUUGGAUUAUGAAGCCUGUCUUGUCGCUCAGUGCGAUGCCUUGGUUGAUGCGUUAACGCGACAAAAGGCAAAACUGCUCACAAAGGUGACCAAAGAACGUGAGCACAAGCUGAAGGUUGUUUGGGACCAGAUAAAUCACUGUACACUGAAGCUACGCCAGUCAACGGGGCUUAUGGAGUACUGCCUAGAAGUUAUCAAAGAAAAUGAUCCCUCUGGGUUUUUACAGAUUUCGGAUGCUUUAAUCAAGCGCGUUCAGGUAUCUCAGGAACAGUGGGUCAAAGGAGCCUUGGAGCCAAAAGUGUCUGCUGAGUUUGACUUGACUCUGGAUAGCGAACCUUUACUGCAGUCGAUUCACCAGCUGGAUUUUAUUCAGAUGAAAUGUAGGGUGCCACCCGUCCCAUUGCUGCAGCUGGAGAAGUGUUGCACCAGAAACAACAGCGUGACAUUGGCCUGGAGGAUGCCACCUUUGAGCCACAACCCAGUGGAGGGUUAUAUCUUGGAACUUGAUGAUGGAGAUGGUGGCCAAUUCCGAGAAGUAUAUGUUGGCAAGGAGACUCUCUGCACCAUCGACGGCCUUCAUUUCAACAGUACCUAUAAUGCAAGAGUCAAAGCUUUCAAUUCAUCAGGAGUUGGUCCUUACAGCAAGACAGUUAUUUUACAGACAUCGGAUGUGGCGUGGUUCACCUUCGACCCCUCCUCAGCUCACAGAGACAUAGUCCUGUCGAAUGACAACCAGACUGCCACCUGCAACAGUUACGAUGACCGGGUUGUUCUUGGUACAGCAGCCUUCUCCAAGGGCGUGCAUUACUGGGAACUGCAUGUGGACCGGUAUGACAACCACCCGGAUCCAGCCUUUGGCAUUGCCAGGAUUAACGUCAUCAAGGACAUGAUGCUAGGCAAGGACGACAAGGCAUGGGCCAUGUACGUUGACAACAACCGGAGCUGGUUCAUGCAUUGCAAUUCUCACACCAAUCGGACUGAAGGAGGAGUUUCUAAAGGUGCCACCGUUGGUGUUCUCCUGGAUCUGAACAAGCACAACCUGACCUUUUACAUAAAUGGGCAGCAGCAAGGGCCUCCAGCAUUUGAAAAUAUCGAGGGUGUCUUCAUGCCUGCCUUGAGCCUCAAUCGAAAUGUCCAGGUGACCCUCCACACGGGACUGGAGGUGCCACAAUGUGUGAAACAGCCCAAGUUGCCCAACAACUAA